CUCAUAGUUCAAUGGCCUAUGGACAGCUAUCGUUCUUAUCGAUAACCUCGCGCUCGUAUGGAGGAGUCGUAUAAAGCGUUCGGCAAAUUUCCCCCGAGUCAAGCGAUACGGCGAGUGAUUCCGUCGUAGAUGCGGACUUUUGUACAUUUCUAAAACGACACAAUAACAACUGCGGCCGCUCGUCUCAUCUGUGAGCCCAGAGCAACGCGACAAUCGAGAGGAUAAAUGCGCCCGACGGAAGGGAGUAUCCGAGCCGUGGAGAGGCUACGUAGAAUUAAGGAGAUUUAGCGUUUAAUCGUUCGCAACAUCCGAUCGUCGAGGGAAGAGACGUGAAAGGUAGACCAGUAACGUGUUCGACCGCUUCGGAGAGAAAAUGACCGUCAUGGGCUUCUUCGGUUGCGCCUUCCUGGCUUUCGGUCCGCCGCUGGCAAUGUUUACGUUUACCAUCGCCGCCGAGCCUAUCAGAAUAAUCAUACUGAUAGCCAGCGCCUUUUUUUGGCUCAUCUCUUUGUUAUUGUCGUCGGGGCUCUGGUACGCCGUUGUACCAUUGCAGAAUCAUCUCGCAUUUGGAUUGGUAUUUUCUGUGCUGUUUCAAGAAGGCUUCAGGUAUCUGUUAUACUGGGUGUUGCGUAAAGCUGAAAGAGGCUUAGAGAAGGUCACGACAACUCAUGUAGCAGACAGCAGGCACGUAUUCGCUUAUGUAUGUGGGUUAGGUUUCGGUUUCAUGAGCGGCACCUUUGCCUUGGUCAAUGUCCUGGCUGACGCAGUAGGACCUGGCACCAUGGGAUUACGACAGGGCACAGAAUAUUUCUUCGUGAUAUCGGCGGCGUUCACUCUAUGUUUCAUCCUGCUGCACACAUUUUGGGGCGUCAUUUUCUUCUCAGCUCUGGACAGGAAGCACUGGGGACAAAUUAUCUGGGUUGUUGGGUCGCAUCUGUUCGUUUCCUGCAUGACGUUACUCAAUCGAUACCAGGCUUAUGCGGCCAGUAUCCUGUCUGCUUACAUAGUACUGAUGAUAACUACCGCGCUUGCGUUCAGAAUCGCAGGUGGGAGGACGCAGAGUAUAAUUCAUUGUUUCCUGAGAAAAUAAAACAGUUAAAGGGCAGUCCCAAAAUUACUUGACGCGUUCGUGGCAUGUGGAUAUCUUAUCUUUCGAUGGAUGUGAGCGUAAACACAAUAAGGUACAUUCUCUCUCUUUAAACGAUAGAUCACGAGAGAAUCGUUCGUUGCUCCGUUAUAUGAUGAUUGUAUAAGGACGACGCAUUGGGCAGAAUAUUUUUAUUCCGUGAAGUUACUGAGAAGGCCAAUGUGAAAAAAUAUAACUGUAUUAUAUCGUUGAUAAAUUUCAAGUGUGUGUGUGUGUGUGUGGCUAAACAAGAUAUUUCGCUAUAUUCCGUGUAUAAUACAUCCACUUGACCAAACCACGAGCGAGGAGUGAGUUUCACGCUGUACGAAUGUGUGAUGCGUUACAACUGACAGCGAACUUGACCGUCUGCGCUCUGCACCGGUGGUAAAUACUGAGAAUGCCUGUUACCCGCGCGAAGUUGUCCGAACGUAAAAUGUAAGCGCCUUAUUAUCGCGAUAUUAUUAUAUAAUUUAGCGAAAUGCGUCUCCGUCGAUUUUAUCGGCCAGGGUGCUUCCGUUACGCUUUUACACUUAAAUAACACUACUUGUAACUUCGGUAUGUACCAGUAUGAAUUAGCGCAGACGGUCGAAUUUGAGUUUCAAAAUAUCUCCUUAUAUGGAAAUGAAAGAGAGAGAAAGGAAGUGAGUGAACGGGAGGGAGAAUGCCUCAAAAUGGUGUUUCCCCCUCUCCCUCGAAAAGAGGGAGGAAGACUGUAGAACAUUACGAAUAUUUUUGGUCAAGCCGCUCCUAGUCCGUCCCUUAAUCCAUCGAAAUAGUUAUGCGACGGAUUCACGAUAGCAUCUCAAUCCAGAACGUGAUGUCGAAUUGUAUAGUAUUCCCUUGUGUAUUUUGAAGAGAAAAAAAAUAUUUACUAAAACGUGUGUGCGUGUGUGUGUGUGUGUGUGUCGUGUGAAUGUGAUUAUAUAUUGUGAUGAUACGUGUAUCGUAGCCACGUAUGUGUUAUAUGUAUAUAUGUACGCGUCUACGAUGAAUAUAUUACGUUAAACACAAUGUAUAUUUGUGCAUCAAAUUGCGCCUUAAGAAUAAAUACUUUAACUAAAUUAAAAAACGAAGGAACGGUUAAACUUUAAGGAAAUGUUCGUUACUUUUUGUAAGUGAGAGGAUAGGAGAAGUCAAGCCGAUAAUUACAUACCUAAGAUAAUUACUGUAUAACAUUAAUAUUAAUAUUGUUAUAUCAAUUACACUGUAUAACAUUCCUCCAAUCACUGCAACUCGCAAUCGUUUAUUAUCCAACUCACAUUUGCAUUUCAUAUGGCAAUCAAAUAAAACUAAUUUUUGUACAA